AUGGAUGACGAUCUAAUCAUCUCUCGUAUCCUCUCCCAGAUGCAGUCACUAACUUUCUACCUGUACUCCGUAGAGAACCACUCAGCGGGUCUCAAGGGUAAGCGAGUGCCCACUGACCUAGGGCUUCGAUCUUACUGCGAAGGUUACGGUAACUCGCGGAAAGCAGUCAAUUGGGGCCUUUUGACUUCAAAGAAACAACUUGAUACUCCAAACCAAUGGUAUACUACUUUCUUCGAUCCUGCUAAUGCCGGUUCUCGAUUCAGGUACAGACAGUCCAUUGGUGCCAAUGUGACGAUCCAGAAGUCCACAUCAAUGGGUCCAAUCGUGUUACUCUUUGCUGGCUUUCCAGCUUCUGAUUCACUACGGUUCCUACCAUUCAAUCCAUUGAUCACAAUGCCCACAGAGCUACCAUCUCUUCCGCAUGUUCGUCCCAGGAGGCCACUCUCGGCCCAAGGGUCAUUCAUCGCACCUCCAUGGAUUCAAGACUCGAGUGAAGAAUCGGAUGACAGCGGCGCAGGAUGA